CUCUUCUAAAUCCCUAAUCCUCUCGUCUUUCUGUGUAUAAAAGCUUCCACCAGAAGUGCUUGAGAGAGAAACUAGAGCGAGAAAAAGCACUGAAACUCUUCUAAAUUUCUUAGUCUUCGUCGUAUUCAUCUUCAUCCUUUGAAGGACUUCCGAUCUGACUUGCCUAUCUCGCGGAGAUCGUUCAGAGGCUUGUUCUUAAAAUUGAAGACAUAAAUAUGUCUUCGCUUAGCAGAGAGCUCGUGUUUCUCAUACUUCAGUUUCUGGACGAGGAGAAAUUCAAGGAGACAGUUCAUAAGUUGGAGCAAGAGUCGGGGUUUUUCUUCAACAUGAGAUAUUUUGAGGAUAUGGUUACGAAUGGCGAGUGGGAAGAGGUGGAGAAGUAUCUAUCUGGUUUCACGAAGGUUGAUGAUAAUAGAUACUCCAUGAAGAUUUUUUUUGAAAUUCGGAAGCAGAAGUACCUUGAAGCUUUAGACAAGCCGGAUAGAGCGAAAGCUGUGGAUAUUUUAGUUAAGGAUUUGAAAGUGUUUGCGGCAUUUAAUGAAGACCUUUUCAAGGAGAUUACACAGUUAUUGACUUUGGAUAACUUCAGAGAUAAUGAGCAGUUAUCAAAAUAUGGAGACACUAAGUCUGCUAGGGGCAUAAUGCUUGCUGAAUUGAAAAAAUUGAUUGAAGCUAAUCCACUUUUUCGUGAUAAGCUUCAAUUUCCAACCUUGAAGAACUCAAGAUUGCGUACUCUAAUUAAUCAGAGUUUAAAUUGGCAGCACCAGCUCUGUAAGAAUCCGAGGCCAAACCCUGACAUCAAAACCUUAUUUGUAGACCAUAGUUGUGGACAACCUAAUGGUGCCAGGGCUCCAUCUCCUGUGACUAAUCCCUUAAUGGGGUCUGUUCCGAAGGCUGCAGCCUUUCCUCCCUUGGGUGCACAUGGUCCAUUUCAGCCUACACCAGCUGCUCUUCCUACUUCUUUAGCUGGAUGGAUGGGAAAUCCGUCCUCUGUGCCUCACCCAUCAGCUUCUGCCGGGCCUAUUGGUCUCAAUGCAGCUAAUAAUGCGGCAGCUAUUUUAAAGCGUCCCAGAACUCCUCCUACCAAUAACCCAACUAUGGACUAUCAAACAGCUGAUUCUGAACAUGUGUUGAAACGAGCAAGACCAUUUGGAUUAUCUGAAGAGGUCAAUAAUUUAUCGGUAAAUAUUCUUCCUGUUGGAUAUGCCAACCAGGGUCAUGGACAGAGUUCCUACUCCUCUGAUGACUUGCCUAAGAAUGUUGUUACGAACUUGAGUCAAGGUUCAGUUGUCAAGAGUAUGGAUUUCCAUCCACAGCAACAAACUAUACUUCUUGUUGGAACAAAUGUGGGUGACGUCAUGAUCUGGGAGGUUGGUGGCCGUGAAAGGAUUGCUAUUAGAAAUUUUAAAGUCUGGGAUCUUUCAGCAUGUUCAGUGCCUCUACAGGCAUCUUUGGCCGGUGAUUAUACUGCAUCAAUCAAUCGUGUUAUGUGGAGCCCUGAUGGAACAGUUUUUGGCGUUGCAUAUUCAAAGUCCAUCGUGCAUAUAUAUUCCUAUCAGGCUGGCGAUGAUUUAAGAAACCACUUAGAGAUCGAGGCUCAUGUUGGCAGUGUCAAUGAUCUUGCCUUUUCAUAUCCAAACAAGCAGCUAAGCUUGGUUACCUGCGGGGAGGAUAGGGUUAUUAAGGUGUGGGAUACAGUCACUGGAGUUAAGCAGUUUACUUUUGAGGGUCAUGAUGCACCAGUGUAUUCUAUAUGUCCUCAUCACAAGGAGAACAUUCAGUUUAUCUUCUCAACAGCAACCGACGGAAAAAUAAAGGCAUGGUUAUAUGAUAACGUGGGUUCAAGAGUUGACUAUGAUGCACCGGGCCACUCAUCUACUACAAUGUCAUAUAGUGCUGAUGGAACGAGGUUGUUUUCUUGUGGGACAAAUAAGGAAGGAGAAUCACACUUGGUUGAGUGGAAUGAAAGUGAAGGAGCUGUAAAGCGUACAUAUCAUGGUCUUGGCAAGCGAUCGGUGGGUGUUGUCCAAUUUGAUACCACCAAAAACCGUUUCUUGGCUGCCGGUGAUGAUUUCUCGGUUAAAUUCUGGGAUAUGGAUAGUGUAAAUCUUUUAACAAGUAUUGAUGCAGAUGGUGGAUUGCCGGCUUCCCCUUGUAUAAGAUUUAAUAAGGAUGGGAAUCUAUUGGCUGUUUCAACUAAUGAUAAUGGUAUCAAGAUUCUAGCCAAUGCAGAGGGAAUUAGGAUGCUCCGAACAGUUGAAAAUCGUACAUUUGAUGCAGCUGCUUCUAGGGUUUCUUCUGCUCCUGUUGUGAAGGCUCCGACAAUAGGUUCAAUGAUCCCUACUGCUGUGACUGUUGGUAUGAGCAUUGGAGACCGGACUGCCCCAGUUGCAGCCAUGGUUGGAAUUAACAACGAUAAUCGAAGUUUGGCUGAUAUAAAACCAAGAAUUGCGGAUGAAUCAGCGGAUAAAUCUAGGAUCUGGAAACUUACAGAAGUUAACGAACCAACUCAAUGUCGUUCCUUGAGGCUUCAUGACAAUCUAACUGCUGCAAAGAUUUCUAGAUUAAUUUACACAAAUUCGGGCCUAGCAAUAUUGGCGUUAGCAUCUAAUGCUGUGCAUAAGUUAUGGAGAUGGCAGAGAAAUGACCGAAAUGCGACAGGAAAGGCCACAGCUAGCAUAGCACCACAGUUAUGGCAACCUACGAGUGGAAUAUUGAUGACUAAUGAUAUAAGUGAUACAAAUCCAGAAGAUGCUGUCCCAUGCUUUGCACUUUCAAAGAAUGACUCUUAUGUCAUGUCUGCCUCGGGGGGAAAAAUAUCGCUAUUCAAUAUGAUGACGUUUAAGACAAUGACAACAUUCAUGCCCCCACCACCAGCAGCAACGUUUUUGGCCUUCCAUCCCCAGGAUAACAAUAUUAUUGCUAUAGGCAUGGAGGACUCUUCUAUUCAAAUCUACAAUGUUCGAGUUGACGAGGUGAAAACCAAAUUAAAAGGUCACCAUAAAAGAAUAACUGGGCUUGCCUUCUCGAAUCAUCUCAAUGUGCUUGUGUCUUCAGGAGCUGACUCUCAGCUGUGCGUCUGGAGCACUGAUGGAUGGGAGAAACAGGUUAGCAAAUUCUUGCAGAUACCGAGCAGUCGAACUGCUGCUCCUCUUGCAGAUACCCGCGUUCAGUUCCACGGAGACCAGACACAUUUGUUGGCCAUUCACGAAACUCAGAUAGCUAUAUAUGAAGCUCCGAAAUUGGAAUGCCUUAAGCAGUGGUUCCCACGAGAAGCCAGUGGUCCAAUCACCCAUGCAACGUAUUCGUGUGAUAGUCAGUCGAUCUAUGUCAGCUUUGAAGACGGAAGCGUAGGUGUUCUUACGGCAUCAACUCUUCGAUUAAGAUGUCGAAUAAAUCCGAACGCGUACUUGACUUCUAGUCCAAGCUUGAGGGUACAUCCCCUGGUUAUUGCGGCACAUCCAUCUGAACCCAACCAGUUUGCAUUGGGACUGUCAGACGGCGGUGUCCAUGUACUCGAGCCAUCAGAGUCGGAAGGUAAAUGGGGAACUUCUCCUCCAGUUGAAAACGGUGCUGGGUCGAGCACUGCUUCGGCUGCUGGUCCCGAUCAACCUCAUAGGUGACGCUGAGUAUAGGAGAUGUUUGUGAUUAGUGCAAAGGUGAAUUGCCAAAUUAGGUAAUGUAGAUGUAGGAUACUUGAAUCAAGCAUGCUAGAGCUUGUCGUAUAUGGCGACAUCAUAGCAAGUCGUGGCGUUGUGCAGUUGGUUCUUGUCCACGAAGACUCAGAGAUGACAAGUAAGUACAAGUACGUACAGUGUUGUAGGCUAAAAAAGAAAACGAUCAGACACAAGGUUGAAGGGGAUGAGGGCUACAGACAAUUGAAGAAAUCCGAGAUAGAGACAGAUGAAUUUUGUUGUAUCGACUGUGGGCGGACUGUCGUGAAAUGAAGUUCUUCAUUUCGCCUUGGUUAAUUUUUUAAUUUUUUUUUUGUUUACAAAAAAAAAACCUUUUGUGUUCGUCUAGUCUUUUAUGAGAAAAGGUAUGGGUAGAUAACAAAUCUGUUAAUUUUUCUCAGCGUCUAUUGCCACUGGCCAAUUGACCACCACCAUUUGUACAUUUUGUGGUACAUUUACAUGAUACACAACAUCCCUUCAUUUUCA